AUGAAUACAGUAUCAAGUCCCAAGCAGACAUCAAGGCUCACAAGAGCGUUUCGCUUCAUCGGACUUUGCAAGGGAGAGAGCAAGCCAGAAACAGUGAUUGAGGUUGUGGAAGCACCGCUGUGGAAGGCUAAUCUUGAUCUCGAUACGAGGCAAGCGUCAUUGCCCAGAAAUCGCCUACUUCACUGGGGUCCUAUAAUUGCUCUUUCUAUCACAUUUUAUAUAGGGAGUGUAUCCUCAUACUUUGCUGUGAUGUGGUGGCCUUUGGUCACCCUUGGAGGAUUUCUCCACCUCACUCUUUUCUUUUUUUGGAAUUAUUGCACUAUGGUAAAUCUCGGAAGAGCUUCCUUUGUAGGUGCUGGCCACGUACCACUAGGAUGGAACCCUGACAAAGAGGUCCCACAUGCCGAGGACUCCUUUGACAGACUACUUCAAUGGUGCGAGCCUUGUGCCGGGUACAAAGUUCCUCGUUCUCAUCAUUGCUCUAAUUGUGGUCGAUGUUGUAUGAAGAUGGACCAUCAUUGUCCGUGGAUCAAUAAUUGCGUUGGUCAUCGGAAUCAUGCCUAUUUCGUGAGAUUUCUUGUGUCGGCCGUUAUCGGAUGCAUUCAUGCUAUUAUUAUACAAGUUGCAUCCUUUUACCAUGCGAUACAUCUGAACUAUUACUACCGGUUUGGAAACGGGUCGGAACCUGAAGUAAUACUAACUUUCUGGUCACUAAUUGCCUUGAUAAUUGGAAGCGCUUUUGCAUUUGGUGUGGUGAUUGGCGUCGGUGGUCUUCUGUAUUUGCAACUGAAGUAUAUUAAAAAUAACAAAACUGGCAUAGAAGAAUAUAUAGAACAAAAAGCUAUAUCGUAUCGCUCCGAAGAGGAGUGCGAUUGGGAGGCGUUCAUCUAUCCUUAUGAUCUCGGCUGGAAGCGCAACUUUAGAGAAGUUCUGUUCUCUUGGUCUGGCGAACCAAAUGGGAAUGGGGUAUGGUGGCCAGUGCGAAAAGGCUGCGACCAGUUUACCCUCUCGCGCGAGCAGCUAAGGCAAAAGGCGCUAAAGCGCUUUUUGUCCCGACUGGUCGUUGUGGCGACGGACUUCCGUGGCGGUUACCUGGCUUCGUUACGAUUCGGCUGUCGACUUUUCGUCUGUCAACCUCUUAGCGAUGAACCUCGUUUGAAUAUCCGCGUCGGAGAGGAAUAUGUGAUCACACGUGGUCAACGCGGGUGGUUGUACGGCUCUAAACGGGAUAAUGACAAGCUCAAAGGAUGGUUCCCAAGAGUUUGUGUGAAAUUUACGGACAAGUAUCCAUAUCAGAAGGAAGCUCAGGAAGCAGUUUCUGAUAAGUCUGAUAGGUCCAGUUCGCCUUCAAAAGACAAAAAGCUGUGAUUUUAUGUGAUUUUUAUGAUCUAUCUUGCAGACUUUUCGUUUGUAUAUUCUUUUUUCUACUCUAAUCUUUACUUAGACAUCUCUUGACAUGAUGAUCAGUUCUAAUCUCAUUCUUAUAGGUGACAAAUCUUAACGUUUGAGUCAGUAUUUUGCCCUCUUAUCUUUGGUGAUACAAGGUAUCUUUUGUUGAUUCAGUUCUGCUUGUAAGCUGUGUGCAUUUGUUUGUAGGGUUCCCCUCUCCCCUUUUUUUCCUAUAAAAAAUGAUGUCCAU